GUCAGCGUGAGAAAGAGGAGGGCUAGUGAUGAUGGCAGGAUGCCCGACAAAAGGAUGAGGUGCAGUAACCUCACCAACCCUUCUGAACACAGUGAUGUGUCAGUAAAGGACAGAAUCAGUCAGAGGGGAAAGAGGAAGAUCAGUGUAGAUGCCAGACCUCCUGAAAAGAAGAGAAGGUGUAGCAUCAGAAACAGCUCCAACUCUGACCCCAGUGUAAUAGCUGUGGUGGAGCCCAAAGCAGAGACACACAGAGGCAAAGAGACAAAGGCCAACGACGAUGAUGAGGCACCUGAGAAGAAAACCAGUUGUAGUGACAGCGGAGUGUCCUGGAUCACUGUGUCCAGCAAUACUGAAGCCUCCUUUCCACUGGCAGCAAUUGUAAAUAAGAGUGGAGGAGACAUCAGCUACAACACCAGCAGUGCCUCAUCCGAGGAGGAGAGAAUCUUUGAGUUGUCCUCCUCACUAAACACAAGCAGAGCUGAUUUCGUGAACAAGUACUGCGAGUUGGAUCCGAUCGGCAAGGGAGGCUUCGGCUCAGUGCGCGCUGGCUUCCGUAAAUCAGACCAUCAACCAGUUGCCAUCAAGCACAUUCCCAGCAGGGGUGUAAGAGUGAAAAAAGUUAAAUGCAACGGGAAGGUCUUUAACAUCAUUCUCGAGGUGGCAUUCAUUCUGAAAACCACAGGUCUACCAGGAUCCAUUGGACAAUCCACUGCUGUGUCCCUUCUGGACUGGUACCAUCUGGACCAGGAGUUAAUACUGGUCAUGGAAAGACCCAAAAACAGCAUGGACCUCUUCAGCUACCUAAAAUCUCGUGGAGGAUACCUGGAUGAACAUGAGGCAAAGAUGAUCCUGAGACAGCUGCUGGACGCAGCCAUCGACAUGCACUCAAAGGGUGUCUUUCACCGGGACAUCAAGUUACAAAACGUCCUGGUGCAGUUGAACGGUGGAGAACCCAAAGUGCGUAUCAUCGACUUCGGCUGUGGCAGCUUCUCCACUGAGACGCCUUUCACUACUUUUUGUGGUACCCGUGCAUACUUCCCUCCCGAGUGGUUUGACUGUGAGAAAUACAGGGCCUGUCCCACCACUGUCUGGCAGCUUGGAGUGCUAUUUUAUUCAUUGCUGAGAGGACAUGAGACCUUUACCACCAUGAGCUUCAUGAGCAACCACAUUCAGUUCAACAGAACACUAUCCAAGGGUAAGAAACACACGGACAACACCAGAUUUGCUUUUUGUUGUUUUUUCCUCACUGGAUCACUUCCCACUAAAACCUUUUGUCCCCUGAUUUCUCUCAUUUUCCAGAGCCGCAGGACAAACCUUGGAGCCCACCUCACUGCUGUCAGCUGUGUGCCCUGCUGGAUCCUCCCACCCACAUGA